AAUAAAUAAAUAAAAAAAACCCAAAACCCAAACCCAGAAUUCCACGCCCCCUUUCUUCCUUUUGCUUUUUCUCUCCACGCUUUCCCUUUCCAUUUUAUAUUCUUAACAUUCCAUAACACUUCACAAUCAUAAACCAUGUGGAUGAUGGGUUACAAUGACGCUCAAGAUUUGAACUUCCCUUCCGAUAACUCUUUCAAUUCUCGCAAACUUAGACCUCUCAUUCCUCGCCCUCUCUCUUCUUCUUCUUCUUCCUCUCACACCAACGAUUUCUUCUCCCAAUUUCAUCACAUGGCGACGUCGGUGGCUGAUCAAAGUAAGAGAGAGUUGAACAAUGUGCUUUCACCAUCUUCUUCGCCGCCUGUGGUGGUGAGCUCGCGGUGGAAUCCGACGCCCGAACAGUUGAGAGUUUUGGAGGAAUUGUAUCGGCGAGGGACUCGAACCCCUUCGGCUGAUCAAAUUCAACAUAUUACUUCCCAGCUUCGUCGGUAUGGUAAGAUUGAAGGUAAGAAUGUGUUCUAUUGGUUUCAAAACCAUAAAGCUAGAGAACGACAGAAACGUCGUCGACAAAUGGAAUCCUCAGCCAUUACUACUGCCGACCACUCGGCUCGUGACCUCGACGUCCUCGAAAGGAAAGAUUCAGGGUCGGGUAGGACAGUGUAUGAAGAACAGACCAAAAACUGGGUGCCCUCUACAAACUGCAGUACACUUCCUGAGGAAUCUGUUCCAAUUCAAGGGGCAGCAAAAGGCAAUGUAAUGGGGGCAACAGAUUGCAGGACAGAAAAUGGAUGGAUUCAAUUUGAAGAAUUGCACCAAAUAAGAAAUAACAACACCAACACCAACAACUUUGCUGAAAAGGAUACAAAUAACAUCAUCAUCAUCAACAACAACAACAACAACAACAUUAACAAUCCACCCUCUUUGCAAUUGUUGCAUUGUUUUCCGGCAACCACUGCUCUCCGUGGUGGUAGCCAACUAAUGAUGAACAUUGCCCCUAUCACAACUACAGCCACAGUGACAACAAUAAUGCACCCAAAAUGUCAUAGAAGAAGUAAUAAUAUUAACGUAAUUUCAGGUAAUUUUGAUGUUAUUGGAGUUGAAGAAGAAUUAGAAGAUGAAGAAGAAGAAGAAGAAUGUGGGGAAUCUGAAACCCUACAACUAUUUCCAUUGUGCAGUGAUAGAAGAAAUGGUGGAGAGAUUAUUGGAGGCAAAAAUAAUAAUGGAUGUGAAACAGUGGAAAAUUCAGGCAUGAAUAGUACUAAUCUGACUCCACUUCAGUUCUUUGAAUUCCUACCAUUGAAGAAUUAAACCCUUUUAUUUUAUGGUUGUUUAAUUUGUUUUUUCUUUUUCUUUUUGUUAAAUUUAGAGGGUUUAAACCAAAAGCCUUUAUUAUUGUAGUUAAAUUACUAUAUAGUUCUCUUCCUCCCACAAUUAACUUUUCUAUUUGUGUAUGUAAAAGUUGAUGGGGUUUGUGUUUUGAGAUGUUUUUCAUUUAUGAAUAUUGGUUAAAACUUUCCUUUGCCA